CAGAGCGGAGAAGCUUUUCGUUAAAUUUUCGGGUCGCGGAGGAGGAAGGAGGGCGGACCGCCGGCGGCCCAGUGGGGAAGAGCCGCCUGCUUCGCGGUUCAUUCAGAGCGGAUGCGGAGCGUCUUGGCCGCGACAGCCUAGAUGUUUCUGAUGCAAUCGGGGCUGUCCAAAUAUUAAGUGGUCCAUUUUGAAGAGAGUGUCAGCUCCUCCCAAGUGCAAAAUGUCUUUAUCGACAACCCCCAUGGAAUUGUAUGGGAAAGUGGCUGCCCAAGGGGACACUGUCCGACUGCUAAAGUCAAACAAAGCAACAAAGGAAGAAAUUGAUGCAGCAGUAAAGGAACUGUUGGCACUGAAACUGAAUUAUAAAACAUUGACAGACCAGGAGUACAAGGUUGGCGUUCCGCCCACGAGCAGCACACCAGUUAAUAGUAAUGGCCCGGCUGUUGAAGAAGAUGGUGGUGACUAUGUGGAUCCAUGGACUGUGCAGACAACCUGUGCCAAAGGGGUGGACUAUGACAAGUUGAUUGUUCGGUUUGGAAGCAGCAAAAUUGAUCAGGAGUUGAUUAACAGAAUAGAACAAGUCACUGGUCAAAGAGCUCAUCAUUUUCUUUGCAGAGGAAUCUUCUUCUCUCAUCGGGAUAUGCACCAGAUCCUUGAUGCUUUUGAAACAAAAAAAUCAUUUUACCUAUAUACAGGGCGUGGUCCUUCAUCAGAAGCUAUGCAUAUGGGCCACCUUAUUCCAUUCAUCUUCACAAAGUGGCUCCAAGAUGUUUUUGAUGUACCUCUUGUAAUUCAGCUGACCGAUGAUGAGAAAUACCUGUGGAAAGACAUAACACUGGAACAGGCUUAUAAGUAUGCUGUCGAGAAUGCCAAAGACAUCAUUGCUUGUGGCUUUGAUAUGAAUAAGACCUUCAUCUUCUCUGAUCUGGAUUACAAGGGACAGAGCCCAGGAUUCUAUCAGAAUGUGGUUAAAAUCCAGAAACAUGUUACUUUUAAUCAAGUGAAGGGGAUCUUUGGCUUUGGAGAUAGUGACUGUAUAGGAAAGAUCAGUUUUCCUGCUAUCCAGGCGGCUCCAUCUUUCAGCACCUCAUUUCCACAAAUCUUUAAUGGCCAAAAGGAUAUUCAAUGUCUAAUUCCCUGUGCUAUUGACCAGGACCCAUAUUUUCGGAUGACCAGGGAUGUUGCUCCAAGGAUUGGAUAUCCAAAACCAGCAUUGUUGCAUUCAGUCUUCUUCCCUGCUCUGCAAGGAGCACAAACAAAAAUGAGUGCCAGUGACUCCAAUUCAUCCAUCUUCCUCACAGAUACCCCAAAGCAGAUCAAAACAAAGAUCAACAAGCAUGCUUUUUCAGGUGGCAAGGAUACUAUUGAAGAACACCAACAGUUUGGUGGGAAUUGUGAAGUAGAUGUAUCUUACAUGUAUUUGACCUUUUUCCUAGAAGAUGAUGAGAAACUGGACAAAAUAAAACAGGAUUAUUCAAGUGGAAAGCUUCUUACAGGAGAGCUGAAGAAGAUUCUUAUUGAAACACUGCAGCCCAUCAUAGCAGCACACCAAGUACGACGCAAGCAGGUGACCGAUGAAAUGGUGAAACAGUUUAUGACUCCCCGGAAACUGGCAUUUGACUUUUAAUGACAGAGCUUCAUGAAUUCUGAAACUAUAUAGAGAACCGUGGCAAUUUUCAUUCAUCAGAGUCUUAACAUGAUGCUGAAGCUAUGUGUAACAUUAUUAUGGAUGAAUGUUUUAGAAUAUAUUAAUAAAUGUCACUAAAUUAUCACCAA